CUCUCACCUGGUACACAGCAGCAAUGCUUCAGUUUAUGACUUUGCCUUUGUCUCUCUUCAUGGCUGGUUUGCUCUCAGAGACUCUGUGCUCUUCAACUGUGGAGGUGGAAGCUGGAGAUAAAGCCACUGUUUGGUGCCAACAUGAGCUGAUUUUUUCAGGUUCCAUCUUCUGGUAUAAACACACAUGUGAUUCAGUUCCACUUCUUCUUGGGUGUAAACAGUUUCUUGCGUCUAGUCCAUUAAAUAAUUGUGAGUUGUUUACUGAAAGUGAGCGAAUAGUGAUGUCUGUUCAUGAGAAGAACACGUCUCUCACCAUCACCGCAGUAAAUGUCUCUGAUACAGGACUGUAUUACUGCAGCUUCACGAAACGGGUCAUAAUGGCCUUCAGCAACUCGACCUUUUUACAUGUGAAAGAUGGAAAUCAAACAAAUAAGAACUCAGAGAGAACAAAAGGUUCAGUCUCUUCUCCUGUGUUCUUCGUGCUGACUGUGGUGUUUGGUGCAGUGACUGUGAUUCUUCUCAGUGUCCUGAUCUUCUUCAUACUGAAGCACAGAGAAACACACAGAGGUGUUUACGCCGAUAAACAUGAUGAUGAGGAGCAGGAGGCUGAUUCAGUGAAUUACGCUGCUCUACAGGUCUCUCAGAGGAAAAUCAGAAAGACAGGUGGACAUGGUGAAAUUCUGGAUACACAUGUUGUAUUUUUGGCGAUCAGAUAAUAAUCUAGCAAUGUUGUGGUAACAUGCUGACAUAAUAUCACAUAUAAUUUAUUGUUUGUGAUGUUUUCUGCUUUUCAUCACAGCAGAAAAUACACAGUAUGUAGGAAGAAUUACAC